GGGCGCCCGUCACUUCCUGCCCGGCCCGGUGAAGGCCCUGCCGGGCGGCGGCGACAGCGACAGCGUGCGAGCCAUGGUCGCGCUGGAGAACCCCGAGUGCGCCCCGGAGGCGGCGGAGGGCACCCCGGGCGGGCGGCGGCUGCUGCCCCUUCCCAGCUGCCUGCCUGCCCUAGCCAGCUCCCAGGUGAAGAGGCUCUCGGCUUCCAGGCGGAAACAGCACUUCAUCAACCAGGCAGUGCGGAACUCAGACCUCGUGCCCAAGGCCAAGGGGCGGAAGAGCCUCCAGCGCCUGGAGAACACCCAGUACCUCCUGACCCUGCUGGAGACAGAUGGGGGCCCGCCUGGGCUGGAGGACGGGGACUUGGCACCCCCUGCAUCACCAGGCAUUUUUGCCGAGGCCUGCAACAACGCCACCUACGUGGAGGUCUGGAACGAUUUCAUGAACCGCUCCGGGGAGGAGCAGGAGCGGGUUCUUCGCUACCUGGAGGAUGAGGGCAGGAGCAAGGCGCGGAGGAGGGGCCCUGGCCGGGGGGAGGACCGGAGGAGAGAGGAUCCUGCCUAUACACCCCGCGAGUGCUUCCAGCGCAUCAGCCGGCGUCUGCGAGCCGUCCUGAAGCGCAGCCGCAUCCCCAUGGAAACGCUGGAGACCUGGGAGGAGCGGCUGCUUCGGUUCUUCUCCGUGUCCCCCCAGGCCGUGUACACAGCAAUGCUGGACAACAGCUUCGAGAGGCUCCUGCUGCACGCCGUCUGCCAGUACAUGGACCUCAUCUCGGCCAGUAAGUGCCGGUGGCCCCCAAGACCUCAAGUUGGCCAGCUCAACCUGGGAAAGUGGCCGGGGUCUCAGGGGUCUGGUUCCUCAGAGUGGGGCUUGAUGGGGAGGUAGGGAACGGGGCCGGAGUGGGGACGCUACGAACUCAGGGGUGGCAGUGGGACCCUGCCUUGAAUUCACCAGAAGCUCCCUGCAUAUUCGGCCCCACGCAGGGUGACCGCAGACACAACCAGGCUGCUGGACACAGAUGCUCCUUCAUCUACAUCUUCGGGGCCCGGGGUGGGGGUGAUGAAGCCUGGAUUUGAGGGACCUCCCAGAGCCAGAGAUAAGAUGGGGGAACGCAGUGUCUGGAAGGUUCGCAUUUAACUCUAAGGCCUCCCGCCUACCACACAUGGGACCUCAGGCGAGACCCCCUACUGGCCCCUGGGUUCCACUUUUCCAACGGGGCUCAGUCUCAGAACUCACCCCCUAGUGAAGGUCUGUGCAGGCGCCGCUGGCCUCAGGCACCCCAUCUGGUCCUGAGCCUCUCACACCUGUCUCUGCCGCUGGCCUGGAGUUGCCAAGGCGACGGUUUCCGUGGCAACCUGAUGAUGCCUCCCUCUGUUCCCUCUGUGGGAGAUGCAGCCCCCAUGCCUGCCUCUGCUCAGAACAUCGCGCCUUGGCUGGGGGUGCGGGGCUUGGAGCUUGGUGGGUGUGGAGCUGUGGUCCUGACGCGGAAGAGGAGGGGUCCCAGCAAGAUGGGGAGUAGAGGACUGGGGUCCCAGGCAGAGGGGACUGCUGAGGCACGGAGCUCACAUGGGACAUGGCUCGUUUUUUUUGUUUUGGUUGGUUAGGUUUGGUUUUUUUUGAGACAGAGUCUCAUUCUGCCGCCCAGGCUGGAGUGCAGUGGCCUAAUCUAGGCUCACUGCAACCUCCACCUCCGGGUUCAAGCGAUUCUCCUGCCUCAGCCUCCCGAGUAGCUGGGACUACAGGUGCCCGCCAGCACGACCGGCUAAUUUUUUGUAUUUUUUUUUUUUUUUUAGUAGAGACGGGGUUUCACGGUGUUGGCCAGGAUGGUCUCUAUCUGACCUCGCGGUCCGCCCGCCUCGGCCUCCCAAAGUGCUGGGAUUACAAGCUUCAGCCACCGCGCCCAGCCCUAGAGACAGGGUUUCACCAUGUUGGUCAGGCUGGUCUCAACCUCCUGACCUCAGAUGAUCCUCCUGCCUUGGCCUCCCAGAGUGCUGGGAUUACAGGCAUGAGCCACUGCGCCUGGCCAGGUCAUUCAUUUUUUUGCAGUGAGGGGGAGAUGGGGAAGGGGAGGCUGGUGGGAGCUGGACCACUCAGGACCUGGGUGCCUCAAAGCCACCUCUGCAGGGCAGGGAGCCUGAGGGGAGGCCGGACACUCCACCAGGCAGGCGUGUGAGUGGCCAUGCGGCCUCACGCCCCCUGCGUUUCAGGGUCCCCAUCUGCACAGUGGAAUGAGUGCCAGCGGGGAGUGAGAUGGGCCCAAGGAGAGUGCUCCUGUAGGGAGCCUUAGGUGUUCUUGUGAGCCAGGCUCCUGGACCUGGGGGCUUAGGGCCAGCCAGGCCGCAGUGACCAGCACACACCAGCUGGCGGCGACCUCCCUGGGAAGAAGCGAGGGCCUUGCGGGUCCGAGGCACCUCUACCUGCCGCGGCUCCCAAAUUCCUCCCAUUCUUGCCCCACUGGUCCCUUCUGCAGGUGCCGACCUGGAGGGGAAGCGGCAGAUGAAGGUCAGUAAUCGGCACCUGGAUUUCCUGCCGCCGGGGCUGCUCCUGUCCGCCUACCUGGAGCAGCACAGCUGAUGGCGGCCCCGCGGAGACCCCGCUGCCGCCUCGCCCAGCCGCCAAGCCCUCCGAUACCUUCGGCUAAAAUAUCUUUCAUAUUUUUAGAAUUUGUCCUCGGAAACCUUUUUCACUUGGGGUGGUCUCUCUCACUCUGCCCCCUCCUCACGCAGCUCUUGGCAGUCAACAGACGCUGGUGGCUGGGGCUGCCCAUGCCAUCCCAGCUCCAAGCUUCCCACUCCGGGACUUGUAUUUGGGUGGGGAGACCUGACCUGGGCGUGUUCCUGUUUCUUCAUCGUUGAGCUUUUCUGGCCCGGUCUGAAGCUCAAGUGAGGAGGGGGAGGCUGGGUUUUUAUCACUUUUAAUGAAUUUGGUGUGAUUUGUUGUAGAUUUUUAAAUUUCCCUUUUGGAGAGAAAAACCAAAAAUACUCACCCCACUGGUAAAACAUGGGUCUUGGUCCCAGCCCCUCCCAGUUUUUAGCUUGAAUGAGGGUGGGGUCUCUGGGACCCUGCCCCUCAUGCCAGAAGCAUCUUAUGUUGUACGUGUGUGUGCGCGUGUGCCCUGAGACCCAGGACAGAAGCCACGGUCCUAAGAGCUGGUUUUAUCCUCGUUGUUCUGCGUGUCCUCCCCCACGCCACCUGUGUCAGGGCUCAGGGUCGCCUGCUUUAUACGAGCCUGCCUCCUUUCCUCCCCUGCUUUAUGCUGGGGGUCCAGGACUUCCAGCCAGAAGCCUCUGCCCUUGCACUACCUUGUCUGUCCCCCCUGUCCCGUGUCCCCCCGUCCCCCAGCCUGACUCCUGCCUGAUAGCUCCUGUGUCCCCAUGCUGGUCCUCCUGGCCCAGGCUGCAGGAGCCAGGCUGGGGGGCCUCCCCACCCCGUCGCUGCGUGUGGGUAAUUGUGUUUUGGGGGAAAGUGGGGAAUUUAAUAAAUUUCUGGUGCUCUGGC